GCCAUCUUGUGGAGCAGAAGCGCGAGGGAGAGGGACGGAGGAGCUGGCAGGACCGGCGGCUGUAAUCGGGAGCGAGCGAGUGAUCAUUGAGGCCAGCUACUGGUGAUCACAGAGUGGUUUGUCGGUUUUUUUCGGCUUUUUUGUGGUCGCCUCCAACAGAGUGGGCCCCCCGGGGACGAAAGCGUGGCAUCUUAUUUUUUUUAAUUUUUAUUUUUACCUUCUCCCUCCCUCAACACUCACACACCCGCUGGCGAUUUGGACUGAGAAGACGUUUUGCUGCUGCUCCUUCGGUAACCGACCCGUGUGAGAGAGAGAGAGAGAUGGCGUUGAAGCGAAUCCACAAGGAGCUAAACGACUUGGCACGAGACCCACCAGCACAGUGUUCAGCGGGUCCAGUUGGAGAUGACAUGUUUCAUUGGCAAGCCACAAUCAUGGGACCUAAUGACAGUCCAUAUCAAGGUGGUGUUUUCUUCUUGACAAUUCACUUUCCUACAGACUACCCUUUCAAACCUCCUAAGGUUGCCUUUACCACAAGAAUUUAUCACCCAAAUAUUAACAGUAAUGGCAGCAUCUGCCUCGAUAUUCUAAGAUCACAGUGGUCUCCUGCAUUAACUAUUUCUAAAGUUCUUUUGUCCAUUUGUUCUCUGUUAUGUGAUCCAAACCCAGAUGAUCCUUUAGUGCCAGAGAUUGCACGCAUCUACAAAACAGAUAGGGAAAAGUAUAAUAGACUAGCAAGGGAGUGGACAGAGAAAUAUGCAAUGCUUUAGGGUACAACAGAAUAGCCCGGGAAUGGACUCAGAAGUAUGCAAUGUGAUGCUACCUUGUGGAAGUCGGAACAACCUGCAUUAUAGCUGGAAUAAACUUUAAAUUACUGGUUUCUUUGGUUAUCGUAUUUGGCUGCUCCCCUUAUCAGACCAUAUCUUUUUUUUGCCCUACCCUCCCCCCCUUUCCCCCAUUCAUUCACAUGCUCUUAUGAGAAGAUAGUCUCUCCAGCUUGGACAAGACCAGCUUUCUGAAUUUCUAAAGUAGUUCUCAUCAAAAAUCGCCCAAGGUUCUGAACUCUUUAAUGGAGCAUGUGUCCGUAAAUGGCCAAUGUACCUUCACAGCCCCUUGGUUAUGAGACUAAAAGUGUGCCUCAUUGCUCUAACACACUGAAGAUGCCAGCGAAAAAAAGGAUGCUUCAUGUGCAGUCAGCCUCAUCUGAUCAGGAUCACCACAUUGCUGGAUAGCAUCCAUCUUUUUGUAAGCUUUUCUGCUAGUGUUAGAGACCUGAGGUCUAUGAAAAUGUAUUUUAUGCUCAUAACUGACAGAGUGAGUGAAGUAUUGCUGCAGAGUGUAUAAGCAUCAGCAGUACAGAAAAUAAUGCUGUAUUUUAUGCAUGUUAAUAAAGGAAUAACCUGUUUAUGUUCUGCAGAGAAUGGAGAUUUGGGGGUGGGAGGGGUGGGAUGGGGGAUACUCCUAAGUCCCCUACUAGGGUCAGAACAUUUUGUAAUUUUUUUCAUUUUUUUCUUUUCUGUUUUGUUUUUAGAAGUCGGGAGCUAUUAGUUAAUCUAUCUUCCACAACACUGUUUUCUGUAGCACUGAAUAAAUGAUGCAAAGCUCUCAAUGGUUGACCGAUCAACUAAUAGCUCUGCUAGUUAUUGAUUUAUUUUUCCUCAAUAAAGUUACAUAAACCAA